CCACACCUGUCUUGUCCUCUGCCAUCCUCUCUUCCCACAACGAUCCCGCUGGGCGGGCCGUGGCUGAGCGGGUGGUCACGACGACCUGAAUAUCGUCUCCCAAUCUCGCUCCACUCUUCUCUAUCACACUCCUCACUCGCGCUCACACGCUCCUUGGCGACUUUCCCAUCGCUCUACUCCAUCAGGUCAGACUCUCCUUCCCACCAUUAAAUUGACUCGACCGGCACGUCGCCCACGAUGCCCAACACCUUCUCCCGCCUCGAUGCGGCUUCUCUGCCACCUCAACCUUCGUCUUCCUCUACUCCCAUCGAGGCACCUCGCGUGACAUGGGACACCGCCCCGGACAGCUACUACCAAUCCGAGCUCGCCCGCCAACAGCAGCUCGCUGAUCAGCAAGCCUACGAACGGAUGCGACUCCGGCAACGCAUUGCGGAGGACGAGGCUAAUCGCUCCAUCAGCGAUGCGCGACUGGAUGAUGCGACCGAUAGGAUCCUUGAGCUCCAACGACAGCAAGAAACGAUGAGCAGGAUUCGAGAGAAUGGGAAACCCAAGGAGAUGCAUCCAGUCUACCUCAUCAAUUGCAAGGGAUGCGGCGCUUUCCUCACCGACCGUGGCAUGAAGGCUGUCCUCCUCCUCAGGCCCCACGUCACUCUCUUCUCCACGGACGUCAUGCCGCAGAAUUGCGGUCCUCUCUACGCUACUCAGAACCCAAGCAUCUUGGCAAAGUCUAAGGGCGCUACCGCCGAGCGCACCUGCGAGUGUCUAACCCAGACGCUAGGCUGCUACGGCUGCGGAUCUCAGAUUGGCUACCACAUCGCUUCUCCCUGCCGCAUGUGCACCUCCAGUGUCAACCACGAUGCCCUCAAGCGCGGCUCGAACGGGCAUCGCACCGUACUGCAUUGCUCCGAGAUUGAAGUACGGGAGCGCCGCUAUGUGCCCGGAGAGCCCGGUGUGAUGAGCGCUCGUGCUGCCACGCCGCCCCUCGAGUGCCUUUCGGCCGCGGAUUCACGUCGAGGGCCACCGCCAGUCACGCACGUCUACACGUACUACUACUACCAUGGGCAGGCGAUUCCACGUCACGUCAUGCGAGAGGCACACCCCUCUAACUCGACCAUUCCGCGCUCGCCGACCGUAGAGGACAAUCUGGUCACCCUCUUCCGACGACCCCAAGAAUCCGCGCCCCUUCAGCCCCUUGCCUGGGACCCAAAUGGCAACGAGUACGAGGACAAGGUUGGCGGGCAGGGGAGCGGGGAUAGUAGUCUUUCGCUCCCUCCAAUGCAUCAGACGGCACCGGGCGGCGCCAGUAGACCUCGACGAGGCGGCGCAGAUGACAAAUCGACGACGCUCAGAAGGAUUGAGAAGGGCGGCCUGGUCUACUGGUCUGACCUGGUGGCGGGCGGCGAGAGGCCCGAGCCUUUUGAUCCAGACUUGGUGCUGAGCAUGCCCACGGCUGGGCGAUAGGCCGCUCGAGCAGCGGGCCAGCCACGACUUCUACGGCCGGCUUCCACCACGACUCGCGACAGAACACAGUUUUCACUCUAUCUCGGUCAGGUACCGAUUCUACGCAUUCAGCAGCACGCAGCUAGCAAACAAAGAAACGACUCUACAAAUC